CUCCCUGUCAUCAUAAGGUUUAUUGAUAAGAGAUGGUACUAAAUUCUACCUGAGCUGCACCACAUGGACUAGUCUGUGUAUACGGGGGCGUCUGAUCUGGUGGAUCUAUUUCUACAAGGACGGAACAGGAGGUCCCACGUGUGACUGGCUUGAUGCUCCUCUUCAGGAGAUAAAAGCAGGAGAUCAGAGGAGAACCUCCCCCGGAAGGAAGCAUCUUCUCUCGGAUCAUUUCACAUUCUGUGCCUUUUUUUUAAUAGACAUAAAACAUUGUUUUGCCAGGUUUCAUCCUCACCGAGUAGACCCAGCCUCUGCAUCCCCUGUCUCCAGUUUUUUUUUUUUUUUUAAUCACCGCACCGGUGUUUUGGAUGUGUCGGCCGACCGCAGCGCUGUGCGCGGUGCUGAGCGCCUGUCUCUGCGCGGCGCAUCUGUGCGCGGCGGGGAGAAGCCAGCAGCUCAAUCACCGACCGGUCAUCGGUGUGUUGGCGCAGGAAAAUAUUCCAGGAGACCAGUUUGCUCAUGGCUCAUCAUACAUUGCGGCAUCCUAUGUGAAAUACCUGGAGGGAGCCGGAGCGAGGGUUGUACCCAUCAGAAUCAAUCGCACAGAAGAAGAAUAUGCUAACACCUUCUCCUCGAUAAAUGGGUUGCUGCUGCCGGGAGGAGACGUAGAUCUUCAAACGUCGCAGUUCAGUCGAGCAGCCAGGAUCUUCUACAGACUGGCUCUGAAGGCCAACGAUGCCAGGGACUACUUCCCUAUCUGGGGAACUUGUCAGGGCUUCCAGCAGCUGUCUGUCCUCACAGCCAACAAAAACCUGCUCACCCUCACCGACACCAAGGCCGUGGCUCUACCUCUCACUCUAACACCAGCGGCCCAGUCCAGCCGUCUCUUCCGAAGUUUCCCCAAAGACCUGCUGCAGUCUCUGGCCGAGGAAAACAUCACCUCCAACUUCCACAGCUGGAGUCUGUCUAUGCAGAACUACAGCCGAAAUAGCAAGCUGAAGAGGUUUUACAAGGUCCUGUCCACUAACAAUGAUGGGAAGAAAGAAUUCAUCUCCACCAUGGAAGCCUACCGCUACCCAUUUUAUGCAGUGCAGUGGCAUCCAGAGAAAAGCUCCUAUGAGUGGGUAGAUAAACCGGGCAUGAUUCACUCCACCGCUGCUGUAGCAGCCUGCUUCUACACUGGCAGCUUCUUUGUCUCUGAAGCCAUGAAGAACCGGCACCACUUCUCCAGCCCCAAGGAGGAAGAGCGAGCUCUCAUCUAUAACUUCUCUCCCAUCUACAAAGGCACUGAAGCCAUCUUUGUGCAGAACUAUUACUUUGAUUGAUUGACAGCAGCGAAGGCGAAACGCACUCGGUCAAGUCACAAUUUGUCAUAAGUGGAGGAAGUUUAAAACAAACAUCAAGUCAGUAAUUAGCAGCUAAGCGUAGCUGAUUAGCACAGUUAUAUGAAAUGCAGAGGUGCCGACAGGACAGUGAUGAAAUGAAGUGAUGAAUGACACAAGAAGUAAAAAAUAAAAAGGGAUAAAGCGAAAUGAUGAUAUGAUGCUGUCUAUCCAAAUCACCUUAGAGUGUGAUGAUUUGUUUUUUUAACGGGGUUGUCUGACCUGCUCAAAAAGUGACAGUAGUAACAUUGAAGGGACUAUAUUCUACCUCCAGUUAUUUAGGUCCAAUAAUUCAAUUAAUUUAAACUAAUCAUGAUAAUAGUGAUAGACACUUUGUGAAGAAAAAUAAGAUACAAUUUCAAAUAUCCGAUUGUUUAAUACACCAAAAAAACUCAUCCCUGUGUGUUUAAAAUGCUUUACUGGAUGCCUCUACUGGUGUUUGACACUAUUACAUUUCAUCCGUCUCCUGAAAUCAACCACAUGGGGAUCAACAUUUAAAACCACUCAAGUUGCCUCAAGUACGCAAUCCAAUAAUUUCCCAAAUCACUGCCAGUUUGGUUUUGGUAUUUCCUUUGUUUUGUUUCUGUCCCUGUAAACAUGUUUCUCUGGCUUUCUGGAGACAACGUAGUCAAUAAAAAUCGUCACCUCAGCACAUAAUGUUGGUUUUGUUUGAUGAGAAACAAGUUCCCUACGUUGAGCACCUCCUGUCUACAAUUAGUUUUUUAUCUCAGAGUGUGAAUAAUAAAACAAGAACAUGAUACCUCUGACAAAUGAGACACGAACUAGGCAGGCUGUGCUUUUACAGCAUUCGUAGUAAAACCUAGGAAAAGUAUGUGAUCAACCAUGAACCAGGAAGUAUAAAGCAAAAAGUCUUACUGGGAUGCAGGACGGGAGGUGAAGGUGGAGGCGUCAAAUAAACACUGGUCUUUCCUCCAGGAAACCAGCGAGCAAAACGAGAAGUCAGCGUUCGUUUAUUUGUCACGUAACUUAAGUAAAACGUUAUUUUAACCCACACCACAAUCUGUCCCUAAACCUAACCAAGUAGUUUUGUUGCCUUAAGCUAACUAAGUAUUUCACGACAUAUUCCUAAACCUAAGCAA